AUGCUUGCUUUCUCCCAGCGCGUUGCUGCGGCUGCGCGUACCUCUACGAGGGCCUUCUCUACCACUCCUUCCCGGUCGGCAGACCUAGCAAAACUAGUUCUGAUUGGUCGCUUGGGCAAGGUCCCUGAACUGCGUUAUACCAGGAAUAACAAAGAAUAUGUGCAAUACACCAUAGCGACUACUAACUACCCUCCUCCUCCCCCCAACCCCGACGGCACGCGCAAUGACCCAAAGACAACAUGGCAUAGCAUCCUAUCCUUUAAUCAGAACGUGAACAACUACCUGCGCAUGUUGAAGAGUGGCUCUCAAGUUUACGUGGAGGCGAACUUCGAGUUGCGGGAGCCCGACCCCAGCGCUGAUCCUGACACUCCGCAGGGUCAGCGACAGAUCUUCCUACGCCAUGAAACUAUACGCGUGUUGAAGAAUCCGAAGAACGCGAGUUCAGAGGAAGGGCCCUCGGAAGAGGAGCCUUGA